GGACCCGUAUCAAUGCCUCAAAUGUCUACGAAAAAACAGUCAGCACCAUUCAACCAUGGUCAACCUGCUUAUCAAUCCGCCCAUCCGACGUGCAGCAAAGAUGAGAGUAAUACUAGUGAAAAUCCAACUGAUCAGAAGCAAGAUGGUACUAAGAGUUUGGUGAAAUGGAAGGGUGUUAUGUUUCCUUCUGAAGACGAAGCAUCAGCGAAGGCUAAUUCAUCUGUAGUUCAAGUCGAAGAAACUUUAGAUGGACAGAUUCUUAUAGUUGAACUAAACAGAGGAUGGAAUAGUCGUCUUGGUUUUAGUCUUCAACCUGAUCCAAUUUCUGGAAAAACCAUGAUUAGUGCAAUUUAUGCUGACAGCGUGGCUGCAAGAGACGGUAGAUUAAGAGAAGGUGACCGGCUGCUCAUGGUAAAUGAUGAAUCCAUAGAACACAUGACUACCACUGAAGUAAUAGAUUUGCUGAGAAUAAUUCGCGGAUCAAUCUGCAUUAAAAUAUUGAGAAAAAUGCAGAAAAUUAAAAUAACUGGACGAUUUUACUAG